GUUUCGAUAUUGUCAUGUGCUUUGGGUUUAACUUCCAAAUUUUUUCUGUAGCUUGCUAUGACUGCUUUGGGGUUAUCAGAUGAAUUGCUGGGGGCUUUCAUGCCGGUGGUUGUGUAUUGGGUUUAUUCAGGGAUGUACAUGGCUUUUGGGUCUUGUGACAAUUACAGAUUGCAUCCAAAGCAAGAGGAGGAUGAGAAAAAUUUGGUCUCUAAAAGGACAGUCAUCAAAGGCGUCCUUUUGAUACAAUUCCUUCAAGUCACGGCGGCCAUUCUUUUGUACAUGGUCAUAGGAGGAAAUGAUGCAGGGGCAUCUGCAGCGCAGCCAUCUUCCUUCAUUGUCAUAGCCAGACAAUUUAUCGUAGCCAUGGUGGUUUUGGAUACUUACCAAUAUUUUCUUCAUAGAUACAUACACCACAACAAGUUCUUGUACCGCCACCUCCAUUCCCGGCACCACCGCCUCGUCGUUCCCUACACAUUCGGUGCCAUCUAUAACCAUCCACUCGAAGCGUUUAUCUUUGACACAGUGGGUGGGGCAUUAGCCUUCGUCGUCUCCGGCAUGUCCCCUCGAGCUUCCAUCUUUUUCUUCUCCUUCGGCACCAUCAAAUCAGUGGACGACCACUGCGGGAUCUUGCUCCCGGGAAAUCCCUUUCACUUCUUCUUCAGAAACAACACCGCGUUCCAUGAUCUCCACCACCAGCUUUACGGUGGCAAAUACAACUUCUCGCAACCGUUCUUCGUCAUGUGGGAUAGGAUUUUGGGGACGUACAUGCCUUAUUCACUUGAGAAAAGAGGAGGGGGCUUCCAAUUGCGGCCUGGUAAAACCUGCAAGGAUAAUUAGUCUAAAUUAUUACAAGUAUUUAGUACACAAAACCAUGCAGUUUACAUAUACUCACAUUUAUUCUCACUGCAUGUUCAUG